AAAAACUGUAGUGCUUUUGAAAAACUAUUUCAAUUAUCAAACAUUUUAAAAAAGGCAAGCCGACAAUAUUUUAUUAAAAUUAAAGAUGUUACGGAAUCAUUUUUGGAAUAUUCUUCGAAAUGCAAUAAGAAAACACGCCAAUGAAGGAUGAUUGAAAAAUAUUUUUUAGGUCCAAAAGAAAGAAUGAACAUACGUGUGAGUAUGCACGAUGGUACCUCUUUAAACCAGUGUCUGUAUGUCACGUAUUGGAAUGACGACCCACUUGACAUACAUGAUGGAUGUUUCAACGACAACAAAGAACACUACUGGAUUUACAAACAGUUAAUAACGCUGAACAGAUUCGACUUUCUCACCCUUGGAUCUGGCAAACAAAGUGACCGUCUCUCCUUGUAAAGCAAGCUCAAAGAACCAGCAAUGGUACUGUGAUGCCAACGGGUCAAUACAUUCACAAGAAGGUGGUGGUUAUUCGAAGUAUACUAGCGAAAAGUGGUUUUCGUCUGAGCACAACUGGUUUACUCUUAUGGAAACGUUACGAUUCUACACAAGGAAGUGACCGUGGUAAUGUUUGUGAUAAGCCAGUAGAGUAUAAAGGUGAGAGUUCAUUGUGUGAUAAUGGUAGCGUUGUUUGCAGAUGAGAAAAGUUUUAUUUGCUCGUCUGUGGGCAACUUAGCCAAUUUUCACUGGUAUGUACCACUACUGGUAUGUACUACUACUGGUAUGUACUACUACUGGUAUGUACUACUACUGGUAUGUACUACUACUGGUAUGUACUACUACUGGUAUGUACUACUACUCGUAUGUACCACUACUCGUAUGUACUACUACUCGUAUGUACUACUACUCGUAUGUACUACUACUCGUAUGUACUACUACUCGUAUGUACUACUACUGGUAUGUACUACUACUGGUAUGUACUACUACUGGUAUGUACUACUACUGGUAUGUACUACUACUGGUAUGUACUACUACUACUGGUAUGUACUACUACUGGUAUGUACUACUACUGGUAUGCACUACUCUUGUUAUGACUACUCUUGUUAUGACUACUCCUGGUAUGUACUACUCCUGGUAUGUACUACACCUGGUAUGUACUACACCUGGUAUGUACUACUACUGCUACUACUGCUACUACUGCUACUACUACUACUACUACUACUACUACUACUACUACUACUACUACUACUACUACUACUACUACUACUACUACUACUACUACUACUACUACUACUACUACUACUACUACUACUACUACUGGUAUGUAUUACUACUACAGCUAGUAUGCUAGUUUUUGAAUAAGUGCACUUGUCAAAAGUAGAAAGUAUAAAUUUUGUUCGUCUGUACGGGUCAACAAGGGAAAUUUGGCAAGUUGAAUAUGAGCACUUGCAUGAGGUUGGUCAGCGAUUAUUCUUAUACAGUAGUUAAUAAUAUCCAUCGUGGUGGUCACAAAACCAAGAAAUUCUUAGAAACAAUAGAUGAUGAUGCAUUUCAGAUGAUUAUCUAUUGUUUUAAUGCUUUCGGCAGAUGAGUAGCGCGACGUUUGAAACAGGCCUUAGCAGUUAGCCGGUAUAAUGGUGUGGUCCAGUAAUUGUGCAAAUAAUCUGCAAUUAUCUAUACUACUAUAGAAUCUACUUUACCUGGAAAAUUUACUAUUUGCCUCGCACCCAUACAUGCAUCUCCCGGUAGCGUUUCCUUCGACAAAGCUGAAUGUCAUACACACGUGCAAUUGCCAAAUAAAACUUGCCACUGAACUUGUCAUAUAAAAAACCUGCUUGUCUAUGGCCAGCUUAAGCAAAUGAAAUGAGAGUGCAUGAUGGUGGUCAUGGUAUAAUUGGAUGACCAGAGCAUCAAAAUGAAAUAAUGAAUCACAGCUGUAUUAGUGAGAAUUGCUGUGAUGAUAGGUGUUUGAACUAGAUGGUGUGAGGAUGAGAAAGGUCGUCACAAUUAGGAUUACGAUUUUCUGGAAGGAAAUCUACAUGCGCUAGCAUGUGGUUGUGAGGGAAAGUGGCACUCUAUAUACGAGUUGGUGGUACUGGAUAACAGAAUAUUCAAAGUGAAGAGUGUUGGAGGGAAAGUUAAACCACUCUCAAAGCGGUUCGUUGUGCUGAGGAGAAUUGUGAUGCAGUAAAUCGCCUGAGUAUAGGGUAUGUGGCCACUGUAUAAUUUCAUUGGAUGCAUUGUAGUGGUAUAAACCAAUCACAAAUUAAGUGAAUCGUUGUGGGAGAAUUGUGAUGAUAGGUGGGUGGAGUGGAUGGUGUGCGUGUGUGAGGGAGAGGGGGACGGGGGUGGCCAACUGUGUGAUAUACUGUGGUUACUGAGUCUAUGCAAUAAACCACUUUCAAAAUAAAUGAGAAUAAGUUUACGAGUAGGGUAGAUUAUAGUGAAGUAAAAUAAUCUCUUUAAUCCAUGAUAAUACACUUUCAGGUUGUUAUCGGUUGGACGUGGAAAACAAUGGACGUUUUAUAAAGAAUAUUGACUCCUCGUCAAGCGGUGCUACAACCAUCAAGGUCUUGGCACCAAUAUUUCUGGAGAACACCAAAUGUUCCAUCAACUGGCAAGAUUGGACAUACUUGAAAAAUAGCAAACCUUGGCAAACAGUGGGCAAGCCGGACGACGGUAUUACUUUGUCUAAUGCUGAUGGAAAAUCAAAAGGCAUUGAUCUGAAGGUUAGUUGGUGUGGUUUAAGAUCCUAUAUAGGCCCUAUUAACAUGGUUUUACAUGCACACUAGUUUGCAAAAUAUUCCCUUUUCGUUAGAAACUUUUCGUUUGUUUCCUUUUUCCCCAAGAUUACAUUUUCUCUUGACCUUAUGUUCCAGUGUUGCCUUUGCAAAUUUGCCUUGUUCCCUAGGAACCCGAGGGAGACCCUAAGUAUUCAGUAACUUAGUUAAAUGUGGAAAAUAAUAUGAAAGUGAUACAGUCUAAUGCAAGCUAGGUCCAAUUUGAAGUUUUUGCAUGAUGGAUAGUGUGUAUGUCUUCCAUUUCCAUGACUGGGAAACUACUCCUGCAGCACAUGCAUAUUUGCAGAAGAGUGCUUUUGGUUUAACUCUACCAAACAGCGCAGUUUUCCUCCUGUACUAAAACUGAAUGGGACAGGAAAUGUUCUUAGACUGGACAUGCAGGAAGACUGUUCAGAAUGCAAGUUUAGUUUAAUGAGUUCGCAGUUUAAUCGGAAAGCCGACCUUAGUUGGUUUUAGGAGUUACAUGUAUAUAUACUUUAUUUAAGAUUUCUUCUUCCUCUCAUGAGCGAUGGUCUGGAACAGUUCUUAUGCUGCAAGUGAAGUGCUCGUCAGAAACAACAAGUGAACAGCAUUGCAUGUUGCUUAAAUUUCAUGGUGGUGCUCAUGAUGAUGAUGAUGAUGAUAAUGAUAAUGAUGAUGAUGACAAGGUGAAUUAAUUAGAAAAUGACAAUACACCGUUCCGGAAAAUACUCAGCCUUGACUAUAGAACCUCGUUUCCGAGAUUGAGAUAUCGGCUUUAGAGCCCUUUACCUUGUUACAGACAACACACUUACGAAAUCACACAGGUUUAUUAGAUAAUAUAAAAGACUUUUAUAUAAUUAAGUCAUCGGUAACGAGAUAAAGGGCUCCAAAGCGUAUAUCUCAAUGUCGAAAAUGAGGCUCUAUAGCCAAUGCUAAAUACUUUCCGGAAGGGUGUAUUGUAUCCAAGUAUGUUUCUCCAGGCCAUGUCUUUACUGUCCAGAAUUUUAAACUUCACUGUCCAGAAUUUUAAACAUUACUGUCCGGAAUUUUAAACAUAUAUAUUUACGGUUCAGAAUUUUAUUUAAAAUAGCGUUACCUGGCAACCGUAUACAUUUCGCUUUAUGACAGUGUUUGUAUGAAAUAUAUGUGAACAAUGAAGCGAAAUUGAUAAGCAUGCAGCAAUAUUUUAUAUUUUGAUGUAAAUUUCAAAUUAAACUGCUCUUUGUCACACAGCAGGAUUCCUUUCAUCCUCGUUUGACCGGAACUUAAGUUUUGAAGUUACUUCUUUACAUUAACUUCACUAUGUAUAAUUCCUUUCACAAUUGUCUGCGGAUCUCACACAUCCAAUACCUGAUAUCCUCGAUCCUCGCUUUUCUCGGAUUCAUAUAACACUAUAAUAUACGUAAGCUAUAUCCUAAUUUAUUAUAUAGUAGAGAGUGAGAUACUGAAAAACACAGUGAGAUAUUUUCCAUAUCUUCACUAGUGAAGAUAUCCGAUCACGUGACUUUUCCAAUCUGCUUUUGAGCGUGAAAUUUCACAAUUUUUUUCUUGGGACUAUAUUAUAACAAACAAAACAUUACACGGUGGCUUGAAGAUAUGACUUUUAUCUUCUCGUGUUAAAAACAAUAUUUUACUCACUCGCUGCGCUCGUUCAUAAAAUAUUGUUUUCACGACUCGAAGAUAAAAGUCAUAUCUUCGCGCCGCCGUGUAAUAUCCUCUAUUUAUCUUUUCAGAACGGCAUAUUCAUUACGUAUAAGAAGACUAAAUCGGCCAAAUCUGACUCAUAUAAAAUCAGUACAAUUGUGUUGGCAGUGUGCUUGGCAAUAGUUCUGGCCGGUAUAUUGGCAUAUGUUGUCAUACAAAGGAAGUGCAAACGAAGGCAAGCGAGUGAUAACAUCCCAUUUUAUGCGGAAGACCAAGAGGCGUAGAUCAUUGUUGACGCAAAUUUAUUUUUGAAAGACGAUUUUAAUUAUAUUGAACAAGAUUGUAACAAGAGAUCACAUUAAAAGUCUGAAGAAAGCCAUUUACAGAAAGUACAGAUUAAGCUACAGUAUAUUAGUGCGCAAAUGCAUCGGUUAAUUUAUAAAUAUCUUAAUAUCUUUAAAAACAACCAACACUCAGAUUUCUACAUGGUGUCUCAAAAAAGUGAAAAUGGAAAUCACCCUUCUAAUUUGUUGUAAACACCCAAACUUCAUACCUCUGGGAGGUUUAGAAUGUAUUGUAAUCAUACGAGUAUAUUAAAAGUGAAUCAGUUGCACAUGAAUGUUGUAAUUGAAAGUUAAAGCGACUUAGAAAUUAGCCGCGUCAGUUGGAUUAAAACUCGUUCAACUGAUUUACUGUUUUACGCGCCACGUUAAGUUAAUCUGCAAAUCAUAUUCAUGUGUUGAACGAUACCAAAAACUUUUAAAUAACUCCACGCAUAAAAUUCGAUUCAAUUGUGUUUACGCACCCAUGCCAGAGGACUCAAAUUAUUUUAGACGCCCCGGCUAUAGCCCAAAUUUACAUGUGGAUAUGGUCAAAUACGAGACUAAAUGCGCUUUACAUCAAGUAUUACUACCAUUUGCGAUCAAGCUUUGAGCGUGCAAAUUUUUUCACGAUAUUUAUGUUUCAAAACGUUAAUACGCCACGUUUUGGGCGUGUCAAUGUACACUUUUCAAUUAAAUAUGUCAAAGAUUGACGCGCAUUUAAAUGUACAUUGUCCCGCCCAAGACGUGACGUAAUUAACAAGAAAACGUAACGUUUUUGAAACGUAAAUAUCGUGAAAAAAUUUGCACGCUCAACGCUUGAUUGCAAGUGGUAGUAAUACACUUACCUAGACUAUUUUAUAUUUUCCAACAAUUGUGAUAUUACUUUUCUUAGCUGUGUUUACAGCCAAUUCAAAAAAGGUAGGUCCUUUGCAAACCUAAACUCCAAGCGCGCAAUUUUUAAUGGUAGCACAAGUUUCAAGCUUAGUGGUUGGAUAUUGUCGCUAUAUUUGUGAAUGAAUUGUUCUCGUAAGAAGAUAGUUACCAUGCAUGUCUCUAAGAAAUGGGCCCCAUAUACGAUUUCUUAAAUGAUUAAAUGAUGCUCCCAUUAUGCUUUGCACGCUUAGAGUUUAAGGUUUAAAGUUUAGAGUUUAAGUUUUGCAAAGGACAACUUUUUUUGAAUUACACGCGUGGGAGAAACCGGAGCACCCGGAGAAAACCCACGACUUGCGGCAGGGUGUGGGUUUUCUCACAUAAAUGGGUAACGAGAGAAUCGAACCCAUGCAC